AUGAUGGAUGGAGGAGUGCCAAAUAUAAAGAAAUGGGUAGUGUUAUAUCCUGUUUACAUUAACUCAAAGAAAACAAUAGCUGAAGGGAGGCGGAUUAGUGCAGCAAAGGGCUGUGAGAAUCCCACUUGUGUCGAGAUUGGUGAUUGUUGUAGCCAUCUCAAACUUCCUUUUGCAAUCGAGAUUGAUAAGGCGUAUCCACGAGAUUUUAUGCAAGUAGGGAGAGUGAGGGUAUUACUCAAAAGAGAAGAUGGGAGUUUAUGUAACCCUGCAAUUCCUUCCAGAAAACAGCUUAUGCUCCAUGUUGCAGAACUGGUACCUAGACAUCCUGGGAGGACCAAGAAGCAGGAGCCUGCAUCCACAUCAAAUGCUUCAACAGCCAAGUCUGGGAAGGGUGGAAAGAAGAAAAGAUAG